AUGCCGUCGGAUUCUAAGAACAACUACGCUGCUGUAGCCGCUGCUGCUGCCACCACUGCCGUUGCGGCUGGUGCUGCUAGUUAUGCCGCCUACAAGAAGAUGCAGGGAUUAGGCAAGACCGUCACGGAGCUCCGAGGGAACGUGUCUCGUUUGGAAGAGGAGAACUCUCAUCUCAGUCGGCCUGUUAUGGGCAGUAUGACUGGGGAUGAUAUCUUGCUCCCUGGUGAGAGCCUGACUUACUUGAAGCCUUCCAAUUUGGCUGAGAGGUUCGGUAAGAAGGAGCAUGCGACUCCCCUCAUUCAGAAGUACGAGGGACAGUUGCAGGACUUCCAAGACGAGAACUCGAUCGUCACCCAGACUAUCUGGCGUAACAAGGACGAGCACCACAAGCAGUUCUUACGCUACCUUCGUGCGGGCCCUCGUGAGAAGAUUUAUUUCAACCCCAAGGAAGUUACUGCCGCCAUUGUUACCUGUGGUGGUCUCUGCCCAGGUCUCAAUAAUGUAAUUCGGGGUCUUACACAGAUGCUGGACGAGUAUGGUGUUCCCACCAUUUACGGUGUUAAGGACGGUUACAAGGGCUUCGCCAGGGAUAACUGCUGGGUUAAACUUGAUUCCAAGAAGGUCGAGACCAUUCAUAGGAUGGGUGGUAGCGUAUUAGUUUGCAAUCGGGGUAAUGACGAUAUUGACGUCAUGGCUGAGGCUAUCAUGAGGAAGGGUGUGAACAUGUUGUUCAUCGUUGGUGGUGAUGGUACCCACAGAGGUGCCGAUAAAAUACAACAGUAUAUGGUUAAGGCUAACUAUGAGUGUUCCGUCGUUGGCAUCCCCAAAACUAUUGAUAACGAUAUCCCCGUUAUUGACGAUUCCUUUGGUUUCGCAACUGCUGUGAGCGAAGCCGUCCGCGCCAUCGAGGCAGGUUAUGUUGAGGCUACUGGUGCUCCUAACUGCAUCGGUCUGGUCAAGUUGAUGGGACGUAACUCUGGAUUUGUUGUCCUUCAUGCUGUCUGUGCUGCGGCUACUGUCGAUGUUGCUCUUCUCCCCGAGAUGGAUAUUAGUCUCCCUAAGCUCCUCGACCACAUCAAGCAGAAGAUCGAUAAGGAUGGUCACAUCGUGGUCGUCGUUGCCGAGGGAUGCGGCGCUACUCUCAUGCAGGCCGAUCCGACCCUCAAGGAUGCUGGUGGAAACAUCAAGCUACCCGACGUAGGUGUCUACCUCAAGGAUAAGAUUCUGGAGUAUGCCAAGGCCAACGGCCGUAAUGAUUGGACUGUCAAGUACAUCGAUCCUACUUACAUGAUCCGUGCUGUUCCUGCAAAUUCUGGUGACUCUACUUACUGUCACGUACUUGCCCAUAAUGCUGUUCAUGGCGCUAUGGCCGGUUACACGGGUUUCUCUUGUGGCAAGUGUGAUCAAAGAUACGUUAUGCUGCCGUUCAAGGCUCUUACGGGUCGCCCUCCUCGCCAAGUUAACACGGCAGGUCGAUGGUUCGCCAGGAUGAUCAUGUUCACUGGUCAGCCCAGCUUCCUCCCCAAAGGGCACAUUCCACGUCACAGCUCCGAGCUAAUAACGCACUAA